AUGCCCAUUCGCGAGAUAGCCCGCCGUACUGGUUUGUCUCGCAAUACCAUCAAGAAGUACCUGCGAGAGGGCGCUGUUGAGCCGAAGUUCAAGGUGCCCAAACGACCGAGUAAUCUUGAUCCGUAUGCGGAUCGUUUGUCUGCAUGGUUGUUGGCUCAGACACGCAAAUCGCGCAAAGAGCGGCGUACUGUGAAGCAGAUGCACGCCGAUUUGGUGAAGUUGGGCUAUGCAGGAUCCUAUGCGCGCGUGGCCGCUUUUGCCCGUGCCUGGCGUGACGACCGGCAUCGUGCCGAGCAAACAACUGGGCGCGGCACGUUUGUACCGCUGGUGUUCCAACCCGGCGAAGCGUUCCAGUUUGAUUGGAGCGAAGACUGGGCCACUAUCGGCGGUGAACGGGUCAAGCUGCAGGCGGCCCAUACGAAGCUCUCGCACAGCCGAGCUUUCUUAGUGCGCGCCUACCCAUUGCAAACGCAUGAGAUGCUGUUCGAUGCCCAUUGGCAUGCGUUCCGCGUUUUUGGCGGUGUGCCUGGACGCGGGAUCUAUGAUAACAUGAAAACUGCUGUUGAUCGCGUUGGCCGUGGCAAGCAGCGUGACAUCAACGCCCGGUUUAAGGCGAUGGCCAGUCACUAUGUUUUUGAACCCGAGUUCUGCAAUCCAGCGGCAGGUUGGGAGAAGGGCCAAGUCGAGAAGAACGUCCAAGAUGCGCGCAAUCGCAUGUGGCAGGUCAUGCCUGUCUUCAAGGAUCUUGAUGAGCUGAACCAGUGGCUGGAAGACCGCUGCAUCGCCCUUUGGAUUGAGACACCGCACCGGGAUCUGCCCGGCACUAUUGCUGACAUCUGGGAAGCAGAGAAGCCCAUGUUGAUGGCACUACCACCCGCCUUCGACGGUUUUGUGGAGCACAGUAAGCGUGUGUCGCCAACAUGUCUGAUCACCUUUGAGCGUAAUCGCUACAGCGUGCCCGCGAGCUUUGCCAACCGGCGCAUCAGCUUGCAUGUCUAUCCAGAACGGCUGGUCAUAGUGGCCGAGGGGAAGACCGUUUGCACACAUGAGCGCAUCAUAGAUCGAUCACACCGCAAACCUGGUCGUGUUAUCUACGACUGGUGCCACUAUCUCGCUGUAAUCCAACGUAAACCCGGUGCCUUGCGCAACGGAGCACCGUUCAUUGAGAUGCCAGAGGCCUUCCGCAACUUGCAAGGUCACAUGCACCGCAGAGAAGGUGGUGACCGCGAGAUGGUCGAUAUCCUGUCAUUGGUUUUGCACCAUGAUGAGAAUGCCGUUCUGUGUGCCGUAGAAUUGGCGUUGGAGGCUGGCGUGCCAACCAAAACCCACAUUCUGAACUUGUUGCACCGGCUGAUAGACGGAACGCACACUGAUCUCCCAGAGGUCGAUCCACCUGAUGCACUCGCAUUGGAAACAGCGCCAAAGGCAAACGUGGACCGCUAUGAUGAUCUGAGACAGGCUGGGGGCAAGUACCAUGACCUCGCAGGCUUUGAGUUCAAAUCUAGUGACAUCAAUGAAGCGACCGUCAAGCAACUGCAUCGGUGCGAGUUCAUGGAGAACGCUGAGAACGUCGUGCUCAUCGGCGGGCCUGGAACGGGCAAAAGCCAUGUCGCGACCGCCAUCGGUGUUCAGGCCAUUGAACAUCACAGGUGCAAGGUCCGCUUCUACUCAACCGUCGAACUGGUCAACGCGCUAGAACAGGAAAAGGCGCUCGGCAAGACCGGAAAGAUGGCAGAGAUGAUGACCAAAAUUGACCUCGUGAUUUUGGAUGAACUUGGCUACUUGCCGUUCAGUCCAUCCGGCGGCGCACUACUGUUCUAUCUACUGAGCAAACUCUACGAGCGGACCAGCGUCAUCAUAACCACCAACCUCAGCUUCUCAGAAUGGGCCCAGGUCUUUGGAGAUGCAAAGAUGACAACCGCGCUUCUGGAUCGCCUCACACACCGCUGCCACAUCCUGGAAACUGGAAACGACAGCUACCGCUUCAAAGCCAGCUCAGUCUCGGUUGAAAAGACGCUUGCCUCUGACGGCAACGACAAUGGUGUUGCCGAUCCGGGCGAGGAGCUCACCUAUCACCUGACGCUGACGAAUGACGGUCCUUCUGUGACGGGCUUUGGUCUGACCGACGUGAUCGACGCCAACACGGUGUUCGUAUCUGCGAGCGAGAAUGGCGAGGCUUCGGGGCGGACGAUUGUCUGGCGGGAUCUUGAGAUUGCAGCAGACAGCACGCUUGUUGUUGUGGUCACGGUCCGUGUUGCCGAUGAGCUUCCUGCCGGUGUGAGCCAUGUUGCAAACCUGGUUCACCGGACGGACGAAGAGCCGCCGGUCUGUGAGGGUCCUUCGGAUGCGAACGGGCAGUGCGUUGUAACGCCAGUUCCCGGUGAGGUCUCGGUUGAAAAGACGCUUGCCUCUGACGGCAACGACAAUGGUGUUGCCGAUCCGGGCGAGGAGCUCACCUAUCACCUGACGCUGACGAAUGACGGUCCUUCUGUGACGGGCUUUGGUCUGACCGACGUGAUCGAGUGUUGA